UUCGAACGCAUGCUGAUACACACAGUCCCCUGCGCGCCUUUUUCAAGAAACCAUCACACGCAGUGCACACACAGUGUGUGCUAGAUAGCAUUGAGUUUUGGUUGUUUGGAAACGCUUGUUUGGCGAUUCCUCUUCUUAAAACUUCUGCCCUUCUUCUCAAACUUCCGUUUUCCAGUAAAAAGAAAAAAUAACAUUUUUUUUUCUCCCUUUGCUCUGAUUUUUUGAUCGCCGGAAAUUUCUGUUCUGCUUGUUUUGGAGAAGGUCUGGCCGUGGCUUUGUGUGAAAUGGAAUCAAAAUGGGAAGUAGGCCCAACAAAUGAUGUGAUUCAGGCAUUCCUCGAUACUUUGGUUGCUCCGAGGUUGCCGUAUCAGUCCUCCAUUAACGACCCUCCUUCUGAAGAGGGUCACAAAUCUAUUGCAAGACAGAUGCAUGCAGUUGUUUUGCUUUACAACUAUUACCAUAGGAAGCAGAAACCAGAGUUGAAGUUUCUAGAUUUUGUAUCCUUCUGUAAGCUGGCUUUGUCACUGAAGCCAACUUUGAAACCAUUUUUGAUAACAAUCCAUGGAAGUGAAGCCGUGGAGUUGAAUGGUUCUGAAGAUCAUCUUUCAGUGACCGAGAAAGCUGUCAAAAGUGCAUGUGACAUAGCUAUGUCGUUGGAUGCAUCGAAGGACGAUCCAACCACAGAAGGAUAUCCAAUAUCAACAGUUGCAGUGUUGUUGAUCGACUCAGAGAGAGAAAACUGCCUGCUUAAGUGUGAUGCUGUCGCUGAAGGGGUGUGGUCACUUAUUGAAAAAGAGAUCAACGAGUUUAGCACAGGUCAAGAAAUACGGGCAGAAGAAAGAGCAGGUAAGAAGAGGAAAUUAAAUGAUCAUAGUAACUUUCUGCAGAUCGGGUUUGAUGCUGUGAAGGACGUUGCAGGCAUCGAAGUUUCUGACAUUGAGGUGUUGGAGGCUCAUGUUGUGUACUCAUUGACCAAGGAGAAGUCAGCUGCUCAGUUUUAUAUGAUGAAAUGUAACCAGUCGUUCGACAUAAGGCAGAGAUCGACUCUUGAUUCUCUUGUUGAGAGUUUGCAGGGCCCUUUUGCAGAAAAAUAUGGUGAUACUUGGGUGACUACCUCACUCAUUGAGUAUCAUCGCUUGCUUCCUUAUGCAGAGUUGAUCUCUAGCUGGCUUCCAAGGAAAGAUUCAUCCGUGCCUAUUCUAAGCGACUGCGUUGCUCAAAUCAUCAAGAACAAGGAUGCACAGAGCAGAAUACCUGCUUCGUCUUCUGACAAAGUAGCUGCUCAAAUCAUCAAGAACAAGGAUGCACAAAGCAGAAUACCUGCUUCGUCUUCUGACAAAGUAGCUAAAGUUGAUGGCAAAGCCUCUCAAAGGAAACACAAGCAUUUGUCUGGUGGCAAUGUGGCAAGUCCCGAUGAUACAGAUUAUAAACACAGGCAUGCCACCGAUGUGCCUGAGACCAGACAUGAAACUGAUAAAGUCAGUGAAAACCACGUGAAAGGUUCGUUGCCUGGCCAUUCAAGAGGGCAGCCUCAACGUGUAGCUAGAGCUGCUGGUGCCUCGCGAAGGAUAAAGAGUACGGCUGACUUUUUCGAAACUCCUGUUUCAAGUGGGGGAAAAGAGAAGAUGAAGAUGAACUUGAGAUCGAGAAAUUAUCAUCAGAGUGAGAACAUUUCUUCUACACAACUCGAUGCAAAUGGUGGCAGCUCGAAAGCGGAUGAGAUCACAACGGAUCUUUUGAAAUCAAAUGAUGGCCAAUACAGGGAUGGGAAGUUAAUGGCAGAGGAUGGUGACACGAGCAACCAAAACGGAGAUUCUGCAGUAGAAGAGGAUGCCAUGGUUAUUGAGGCGCCAUACAAUGCUCAAGUAGAAAAUGUAAUGCCUUCAGAGGAUUUGCAGAAUGCGUUGACACUUCUAGAUAGGAAAAGACUAGAACUGUAUACUCGUCUCUGCAGCAUGGAAGACACGCUUGCAUUAUAUGAACAUGUUUCUGAUCGCGUGAGAGAUGGUGGUGAAGCUGGUUUUGCUCGUCAGUGCAUCGAAUAUCUUGUAAGCGGGAAAGAUCAUUUGCUGCUGCAGAUUGAAGAUCCUACCAACCGUCAACCUCAAAAGCAUACCAGAUUUUCCAACACCUAUCUCCCUGGGAUAUCAUCAUGUCAAGACUUGGAAUAUGCAUGUUGCAGAAACAAGUGGAGGCUGCCAAGAUACUUCGUGCUGCCUUCCGAUGGUAAGUUCGUGGCGGAUGUGGUUGUGCAUUGCAUGGGUGCUGCUCUCUCCUCCAAGGGCAACGCGGACCCCACUCCUCGUGAGGCCCGGGAGUCUGCGGCCGCCCAAAUGAUCGAGAAAAUACGAGCACGCUUGUGAUUGAAGCUCUAUUACUAUCUCAUGGGAUGAGAAUUUUGCAGAAAAAUUGAUGUAGUUUAACUGAGAAAAUUGUCUAUGAUUUUGGCCCUUACUCAAAGAAAACAUGUGGAGAUUAAAGAUGUUUUUGAUUUUGAACUACUAAGAGGGUG